CGGUACAUGAAUGCAUUGAACCUGAUGAACCAACCAUAGUAAGCAUAUCUGAGGUGGAAACAGAACUCGCUAAACUCAGAAACAGAAAAGCCAGUGGCCCGGACGGAAUACCCAAUGACCUCCUGAAAUACGGCGAAGAAGUGCUCGCGGCCGAAAUUACGAAACUUAUCAACAUCAUCCUGAAGCAUCAGAGAGUACCAACUGAAUGGAAAUUGAGCACACUAAUAAUGAUGUUUAAGAAAGGAGAUAAGCAAGAACCAUCCAACUAUCGAGGAAUAGCUCUGCUAAACACCACCCUGAAACUAACAACUCGAUUACUAGCGAACAAGAUAUUAGCACACACCACACUAUCAGACGAACAACAGGGCUUCAGGAAAGGAAGGUCCUGUAACGACGCAAUAUUCAUAAUAAGACAGGUGAAGGAAAAAGCCGUGGAGUGGAACAAACCGGCUUUUCUUUCCUUCGUGGACCUAAGGAAAGCGUUUGACAGAGUGCAGCUCCAAGACAUAACCAGCAUACUCCGAAAAGAAACAUCGCAUCUGAUAUCAUCAAUACUAUAAGGGACAUCUACAACAACAACGAACUGCAACUAGCAAUAGCCGAACAACGCACAGACCCCAUAAAAGUAGGAACAGGGGUAAGACAAGGCGAUUCCUAAGCCCCCUGCUAUUCAACUUCAUCAUGGAAGAGAUAAUUGCAAGAGUCCGACGCUGUAAAGGAUACCAGAUGGGGGGGAAAGAGCUGAAAGUUGUGUGCUACGCGGACGAUGCCGUGCUAAUUUCCGAUAGCGAAGACAACCUACAACGCAUGAUUCACCAGUUUAACAUUGCCAGCAAAGCCCUCAACAUGGAGAUAGCAACAGAAAAAACCAAAUGCAUGGUCAUCGCACCACAUCCAAUAAGAUGCAAACUUGAAGUCGAUGGACAAAUCGUACAACAAGUGAGCGAGUUCCGAUAUCUUGGUAUAAACAUAUCCAGCAGUGGAGGAGUGGAAAAAGAAGUAGCAGAGCAAGUUGAAAAGGGCCUGAGAAUAGCAGGAUGCCUAAGGAACACGAUUUGGGACAACAAACAUCUAAGAACAGAGACGAAAGUUUCCAUCUACAAGGCAGUAGUCAGGCCCAUAUUUACAUACUCGGCAGAAACGCGUGCAGAGACGACAACCACACAGAGAUUGCUCACCACCGCGGAAAUGAGGACACUAAGAAACAUAGAUGGCAAAACACUGCUCGACCGGAUAAAGAACGAAGACAUCAGAAGAGCGUGCAACAACAUAGAAGACAUAACACAAUGGUGCAAAAGACGCAAAAUCGAGUGGAACGAACACAUAGAACGGAUGGACGAAACCAGAAUAGUCCGAAUAGCCAGGGACAAAUCGCCAAGGGGAAAGCGAUCCCUGGGAAGACCCCGAAAGAGAUGGAGCGACCACCUAAACCCUGUCUGAAGUAGGAACAGGCAAUAUGCCUACAAAAGAAGAAGAAGAAGAUGAAUGCAUUUACUUCGAAAAAAUAUUACAUAAUAUGUAUGCGCAUGAAAAAUCAAUAUCUUCGAGAACAAUGUAUGCAACUUUUAAGUACUACUGCUAGUGAACCACAGGUAGCGCUAGAUAUUCGGUUGCAGGAAUUAUUUUGUUCGAAGUUCAUUAGCUCAAGGUCAUCCAUAUGACCCGACACAGCAGGAAUACAUGGCUAUCAUCGUUGAACGCACGUAAACUUGGAAUGGUCGUAUUGCAGGAAGGUUAUGUAUAUUCUAUUUAUGCCAUUUAUGUAUAGUAUUAGACGACCACGCGGUGGGUUUACGUUGACAUGACUGAGGAAUCGGAGGAAUCGCUAUGGACGAUAUUUGAACGUCGCAGUUUGACACACGCGGUGGUAGUGUUAAACACUCCGAUUAACUUCAGAGAUUCACACGCAGCGAGGAUCGUCGAAAUAUGGAACUCGGCACUGGUCAGAAUCACAGUCGACGGUGGGACAAACAAAUGGUUGGAAUGGCUGACCAAAACGAAAAUCAGCAAUGCGAAAUUCCCGCAUUUAAUCACAGGAGACAUGGAUUCUAUCCAACCCCAAACACUUAAAUAUUUCCAAUCGCGUCCGGAGAGUAAAAUUGUUUAUACCCUAGACCAAAAUCAAACGGACUUUACCAAGGCUUUAAUGCAGCUAGAAAACUACAAAACGCUAAAUUCUUUACGGAUCCCACACGUUUUGGUCUUGUGUGACCUUUCAGGACGCUUUGAUCAGACUAUCAGUAAUAUAAACACCUUGUAUAAAGCACAAAAUUUAUUAACCGAAAGUAAUGUGUACCUUUUAUCGGCUUCGAGUUUAACAUGGCUGCUAAAACCCGGAAUCGAACAUAGAAUUCGUAUUCCGAUGAAUCUCAGAGAGGAAAAAAGGUGUUGCGGAUUGUUACCAAUUGGAGGCAAAUGUAGAGUGAAAACCCAAGGGCUUAAAUGGAAUUUAAAUAAUCAAAUUCUUGAAUUUGGCAACAUGGUAAGCAGCUCAAAUACCUACGAUGAUAGUAGCGAUACAGUAACAAUCCUCUCGGAUAGUAAUUUAACGUGGACUAUGGAAAUUGAUAGUUACCUUAGCAAUGAAUUUUGUAAUACUCUCUGUGCAAAUAAACUUUGAUGAAAUAUACUAUUUUUGAUGGCUUGAAA